UUCAUUCUCUCUGCAGUGUUAAGAAUGAAGACUCCUGAUGUUGCUGCAGUUACAGUGCACACACCCUAAAGAGAAGAGUUUUCCAAUCUGCUAAAGGUGCGGUGGAUACACUAGAAUGGACACAGAGGAUUUCCCUCCACCACCACCAGAAGUUCUAGAACAUGAACCAAAAGCCACGGGUCCGAAUGAUGAAGAGGAGGAUGAGGGAGAACAGUUUGACUUUGACAGUGGAGAUGAGAUACCAGAAGCAGACAGGCAAGCCCUUGUACGACCUAUUCCUGGCCCUGGAAAUAACAUAGAGCCCCAAGAGGCUGGUGCUGCAGGAGCUGAUAAUUUAGAAAACAGUGAGAAGCUGCAAACAUCACAACCUGCUGCAGAAGGCACUCCAGCCAAAGUAAAUCCCUACUCAGUCAUAAAUAUUUCCCCAAUCCAAGAUAAGGAUCCAUCCUCGUCACCAGAACCAAGUCCCCAAGAUGAAUGUGCAAGUCCCAGCUUGUCCGGUGGAUAUUCCGUUCCUGUCCCUUGCGGAUAUGCUGUGCCAUCCAACUUACCUUUGAUACUGCCAGCAUACUCCAGUCCUGUCAUCAUACGCAGUGUUUCUGUAGAUGAAGAAGGUACACAGUCAGCAACCGAAGAAUGUCAUUAUAAUUCUGUAAACCUGGAGGACCCUCAGAAUAGUGAAGAUAACCAGACCAAAAAAGAGGAUGAUGCCCUAGCCAAAUGGGUUGCAGAUCCUGAAAAUACAGCAUGGAUGGAAAACCCAGAUGAAGUAAUUUAUGAUGAUGUGCCAAGAGAAGAUUCAGAAUCUGAACCAGAGGAAAUGAUUUAUGAUGAUGUUGAAAAUGGUGAUGAUGGUGGAAACAGCUCGCUGGAAUAUGGGUGGAGUUCAAGUGAAUUUGAAAGCUAUGAAGAACAGAGUGAUUCUGAGUGUAAAAAUGGAAUUCCCAGCUCCUUUUUGCGAGGCAACCACAAGAGACAUAUGCAAAAGCUUAUGAGAGCUGCUAGAGAAGGUACCAAAGAUGGACUUGAAAAGACAAAAGCAGCUGUGAAGAAGGGUCGUUCUUUCAUUCGGACAAAAUCCUUCAUUUCUCAAGAUCAUAGAUCAUCUUGUCUGGAAGAAGAAGAGCUAAAUUUAUUUAUUGAUGUGGACUGUAUGCAUACAGAAGCGAUUAUGACUCCUAUGCCUGAAGGAUUAUCACAGCAGCAGGUUGUGAGAAGGUAUAUUUUGGGCUCUGUGGUAGAUAGUGAGAAGAAUUAUGUGGAUGCUCUCAAAAGAAUCCUGGAGCAAUAUGAGAAGCCCCUUUCAGAUAUGGAACCAAAACUACUAAGUGAAAGAAAACUUAAAAUGGUCUUUUAUCGAAUUAAGGAAAUUCUUCAGUGCCAUUCAAUGUUUCAGAUUGCACUGGCGAGUCGUGUAUCUGAGUGGGAUUCUGUUGAAAUGAUCGGUGAUGUCUUUGUUGCUUCAUUUUCUAAAUCUAUGGUAUUGGAUGCAUACAGUGAAUAUGUAAACAACUUCAGUACUGCAGUUGGGAUUCUCAAGAAAUCUUGUGCCACCAAACCUGCUUUUUUAGACUUCUUAAAGCAAUGUCAGGAAUCAAGCCCUGAUCGCAUUACACUGUAUGGUUUAAUGAUGAAACCUAUCCAACGUUUUCCACAGUUCAUUCUAUUAUUGCAGGAUAUGUUGAAGAACACUAAUAAAGGACAUCCUGACAGAUUACCUCUACAGAUGGCUCUUACAGAACUUGAGACACUGGCAGAGAAGUUAAAUGAAAGGAAAAGGGAUGCAGAUCAGCGUUGUGAAAUAAAACAAAUAGCAAAAGCAAUGAAUGAACGUUACCUGAACAAACUACUCAGCAGUGGAAACAGAUACCUCAUACGGACUGAUGACAUGGUUGAAACAGUUUAUAAUGACAAAGGAGAAAUUACCAAAACCAAAGAACGGCGACUUUUCAUGUUAAAUGAUGUGCUGAUGUGUGCAACAGUAAAUAUUCGCUCUUCCUAUGAAAGCAGUGGCAGUGUGACAACUGGCCAGAGGUAUUUACUGAAGUGGAGUGUACCGCUGGGACAAGUGGACGUCAUAGAGUAUGGCAGCAGUGAGGGCCAAGGAGACAACUGCAGGUUCCCACCCCAGCUCUCUGCUGAAAAUGUCAUCAUUAACUCUAAGCCAAACAAGCUCUAUAUGGGACCAGGGCAACUGUACCAUGAUCUGCAGAACCUUUUACAUGACUUGAAUGUACUUGGUCAAAUUAGUCAAUUAAUAAACAGCCUUAAAGGAAACUAUCAGGUGAGCUUUUACUCUCUGCAACAGAACAUUCACCUUGCAAACUUGAACCAAUCUGUAGCCCAUGACUGGACCUCAGGUUUACAAAAACUGAUUUUGAAAAAAGAAGAUGAAAUCAGAGCAGCAGAUCGCUGUAGAAUUCAGCUGCAACUCCCAGGAAAACAGGACAAGUCUGGGCGGCCAACUUUCUUUACAGCUGUGUUCAAUACAUUUACACCUGCUAUCAAGCAGUCUUGGAUCAACAAUUUACAAAUGGCUAAACUGGCCCUUGCGGAGGAUAAUCUGUUAGGUUGGUUCUGCAUAGAAGAUGAUGGGAAUCAAAUCAAAAAGGAAAAACAUCCUCUCCUUGUUAGACACAUGCCAGUGAUGAUGGCCAAGCAACAGGAGUUUAAGAUUGAAUGUGCUGCUUAUAAUCCUGAACCAUACCUUGCUGGAGAAACAGAGUCAGAUUCCUGUGCUGUGGAACAUGGUUUUCUUUGGAUUGGAAGUUGUACUAAUCAGAUGGGUCAGAUUGCAAUAGUUUCAUUUCAAAGCUCCAGCCCCAAGGUUAUUGAGUGCUUCAAUGUGGAAUCCCGGAUUCUCUGCAUGGUCUACAUACCAGAGGAGGAGAAGCUGAAAGAGCAAAACAAGGCUCCAGACUCUGAAAAUGUUCUUGCAAAAACUUCUAAUGUGCCUACUAUUUGCCUUGGCAUGGAAGAAGGAAGCAUUUCUAUUUACAAAAGUUGUCAAGGCUCAAAGAAAAUUCGACUUCAACACUUCUUCACUCCUGAAAAAUCAACUGUUAUGAGCUUAACGUAUAGGUCUCAAUACUUGUUUGCUGGCUUGGUAAAUGGAAACAUCUCAAUCUACACAAAAGCAGAAGAUGGGACAUGGAACACGGAACCUCAGAAGAUAGUUAAAUUGGGGGUUCUGCCUGUUAGAAGUCUGCUUGUGAUGGAGGAGACCAUUUGGGCUGCAUGUGGUGGACAAAUUUUUAUAAUCAGCACUGUGACGCAUUCCAUAGAGAACCAGUUUGAAGCCCAUCAAGAGGAAGGGAUGGUGAUCUCUCAUAUGGCUGUGGCUGGAGUGGGAGUCUGGAUUGCCUUCACAUCUGGAUCUACUCUUCGACUGUUCCACACAGAGACACUGAAACACCUCCAGGAUGUUAACAUAGCCACACCUGUUCACAAUAUGUUGCCAGGGCAGCAGCGUGUCUCUGUGACCAGCCUCCUGGUGUGCCAUGGGUUAUUGCUGGUUGGAACAAACCUGGGCAUAAUCGUAGCGUUACCAGUGCCGCGCUUGCAGGGGAUUCCCAAAGUAACUGGAAGAGGAAUGGUGUCAUACCAUGCACACAAUAGUCCAGUCAAGUUUCUUGUAACAGCUACAUCUAUAAACAAGAAGAACAGAAACAAAUUGAGGAACAGCCUCCCUCCUGGCUCAGAACCUAAGGAUGAUGAUCAAAAGAACAUUCUGCACAGUGAAAGACCAGGCUCUUCCCUUAGUAACACCCAGGACACUGCAGUUUGGCUGGGGGAUUCAGUUGGGUCCAUUGCACAAAGAAGUGACUUGUCAUCAUCUUCUGGAUCCCUUACUUUGUCUCAUGGAUCAAGCUCCCUAGAACACAGACCAGAGGACAGUAACAUUUAUGAGCUUUUGAAGGAUCAGAAUAUCUCAUUUAAAAGUAAAAGACAAAAAUCUAAGAAAAUGAAAGCAAGUUCAGUUUUAGUAAUUUCUGGUGGCCAAGGACACAGAAGAGUGAACAAGAAAACCAAGCAGCAGCGACAAGAUGAACUAGUGUCUUCAGUGAUGGUCUGGCAAAUUCCGCUAUUAAAUAUCUAACUGAACUAAAUAAGAUCCAAGAUUGUUUUUGCUGUUAAAAAAAAGUGAGAUAUCCAUUUGUGGCUAAUGCCAGCUUGGGAUCCAAGCAGAUAGACUUUAUACACCUGGGAGCAAUUUCAGUAGGCUUGGAUCACAGGAUUAAGGGUGCAUGACAGUCCUCAAAUACUUAGAACAUUCUGCACUCUUGAGUAUUGGAAAAUGUUUAGCUAUUGGUGCUGUCUUUGAUACUUAGGGAAAAAAAAAAAGGAAUUGUUAGGGACUUUUAAAUGGUUUUAGAAUCUCUUACCUUAUUUAUACUCAGAUUUAUAAAUAUCUUAAUUAUGUUAAUUAAAUUCUAUAGCACUUAGGAAGGCAAGAAAGACAUGCCUUGUCUCUGC